AACGGCUAUACCUACUUCAAAAUAAAGACAGAGUUUCACGUAGGAGGAGGUACUUGUUCCCCAGUCAGGCAUUUCACAGACAUCGUCGAAGAUCAGUUCGAUUUUCACACGUACUGCGUACGCCGCAUGACACUUCGGGCCUACAUGAAGUUACUACGGCUAGAAGACAUUUUACGUCGGCACACGUUCUACUACAAAGCUGCCAAAUGCGCUAUUAAAAUUUACCUCCGACUUCACGACGUCCCGUACGACGAUUCCUCAGCUGCCGAUGGAAACGCACAAAGCGAUGCGGAUUCUCGGGAGCUUCGCAAACAGUUCCGCAAACAGAAGAAACUCGCCGUAAAGGCGGAACUUGAGCGGCAGAAGCACGCUCGGGCUGCAGUGACCAAUCCGAAGCAUCGUCAAGAGGUGGACCCGGACGAAAUGCAGCACACACCGUUGGAUCCAGUUGUCCUUGUUAAGUACAACGACGAGUUUCUCGAAAGGAACCGGAAUUCGGUCGAUCAUCGACUAAUAGCUGCUCGGGGAAUGUACUUUCUUGACGAGAGCAGACAGAAAGAGGCGGUCGCGGUCGCCACAAGUUUGGACGUAGACUCUAGAGGGAUUACUUGGAAGGCCUGCUGGCGAGUGCUAAAGCACUUGAGUAGUGGCAAGUUGGGCGCUUGCGACAGCGCAGUCGUAACGGCAUACAUGCACCAGUGUCAUGCACGUUUCCCACUGUGUUCGGCGUUCGUCGACCAGUGCGAGCUGCUGAAGUACCAGCCUGUGUCCGCUCCACCGCCGAUGCCACCGCCGUCUUCGUCGGCCAACUGCGAGGACCACUUCUCAGCGCAGGACGCGACUGCCACCGAUAACUCGGUCACCGACGAACUCAUGUACCUCGGCAUCUGA